AUGCAAGGAACGAGAGUCUCUGAAAAGCUUCAUGCUGAUAUUUCUACUAGCAAUUCUAAGUUUCAGACAUCUAUUUCCUCAACUCUUUGCAAAUUCCAAGAAGAUCUGGCAGUUGAGAGAAAAAUCAUGAACGAACUUGCACGUCAAACCACUCAAGUGAAAACUCAGUCAGUUAAGCUCAAGCAUGCACAGAAGGAAAUUGAUUAUAUUAAGUCUGAGCGAACCAGCAUUAAAAGUUGUGUUAGUGAUGUCAAUUAUUUGCUAUCCAACCUCAUCGAAGCCCAUGAUCCUGUUCUGACCAUCACCAUCCCAAGGCAUCUUGCUGAUAAACUUCGCCCUAAAAUUGCUUUGUUGAACCGAAUUAAGGGUGUUCCAGAGGUCAUUGUCCUUCCAGAACAAGGGGGAGAUCAGACAAAUCAAACAGGGAGAAACCAAAGGUUGAUAAAGGCAAGAAAAUAA